UAGUUUAACAUACAAAAAAAACAUUAUUUGGCUGAAGAAGCUUUAAUGACCUGUCUGUGUAGUGCACUAGGUAGGGUGCAUGGGUGCCGUUUGAGACGGACCCUAGUUGCCACAGUAACGAGUGUCCGGACCCCCACUGGCUGUAGCAGGUGUCUGGCCAGCAGUGGAUUUAAUCUGCCCCUGCUGCAGGCCUCUGCUCUCCCAUGGCAACCCGCAUAGACCGCCUCGCCCAGCCUAAACCCAACCUGCUCAAGUUCCCUGACAGACGCUCUGUGUACUGGUUGGAUAAGCUUCCAGCAAAAUCAAACAGCUACACCACUGCUUUUGAUCUGACUCCACGAUGGUUACAGAUUACACAGAGUAAAAAGCCUAAUGCUCGCUUAAACAUCAGCCGCUCUCCGGAAUGGAAAGUGAGUGCAGCAGCAUUAAAAGCUCGUCCCUCUGACAGGCUGUGUUCACUGGCUGAGCCCCGCAUGCCUGUAGAUGGCUGGCAGCCUCCUCGCCCUCUGCUGCCCAUAAUCAAUAAGGCAGUAAAAACAGCGGUGGCGAGCAGCCGGAUCUGCCAGCUGGCUCACCCAAAGAAAGUAUCUUGUCCAUCAAUGACUCAGACAUGUAGUAGCUCUGAAAUCUGCCUGUCCUCUGCCAAAUUCUCCGCUCGCACAUACCUCCUGGCAAGUCCUAAACAGCAUCAUCCACAGUAUUCUCCGGACAGGCCUGUGUCGUCUCCUCUGGCGAAGUGUGUUCUGGAGGCUGUAGCCAGUGAGAGGCUGCAGAUGCUGGCUACCCCAAAACCCCGGAAACCUCUGUUUGAGGGAUAUGACUUUUACACAGUGAGUUCGGCUGCCCGUGCUGCUACUGCCUCCCCCAGGCUACAGGAGCUGGCCCUCCCACCAGCACGCAGGUGCAGGACAAAAUGAAGCAUGGAUUAUUUAACGGAAGUCCAAUUGUUAAACUAAAACCCUGACUUAGAAAUAAACACUGUUUUUGACUCUGUUCA